UCCUCCCUAAAGGACGGUCGUGUGUACAUGUGAUCUCUGUAUUUGUGAGUGAAUUAAAAAUACGAUGUUCUGUGAUGUUAAAAUAUUAAGUGAGUGCGAUUAGUGUGGAGCGUAUGCUUUACAUUCGCUAUAAAAAUGUUAAUGGUGCACAAUUUCGUUACCAUUACAUUUAUGACCAUCGCAUUGGACCACGUGAGAUCUCAAGAAAGGACUACGGAGCACCAGGGCCCCGUCACGUGCGGCGGGCGCCUGAAGGGCCCCGUGGGGACGAUCCAGACGCCGAAUUUCCCGAACCCGUUCCCGGUGCCACUCAAGUGCAAGUGGAUCAUCGAGCACGACAUCGCCAACGGCACUAUAUCGAUAUACUUCACGCAGCAGUACACCACUAGCGGGCUCACGUUCACCGAGUACAUGUACUACGACGACACCUACAAGCUGGGCGAGCGGCGCGCGCUCACCGUCACCGAGGAGAACAUCACUAGGAUCAAAUAUUUACAGGUGCAAAGCCCCGUGCUUGUGGUGGAGCUGUCACUAUCCCGCGCGGAGGGCUCGCAGCUGCGCGCGCUGGGGCUGCUGUCGGUGUUCGGGCUGAACGUGACGUACGCGGUGCGCGCGCCCGCCGCGCCCGCGCCCACCACCUCCUGCAGCGCCAUCGAGUGCCGCCUGCUCGGACACUGCUAUGCCUCACAUGAUUAUAGUGAAUUCUACUGUUCCUGUUUCGAGGGAUAUUCUGGGUCUGAUUGCGGAAUCGGUCCUCUGUGUCCUAGUACGUCUAAUAUGUGCAAGAAUGGUGGCACGUGCGGGCAAUUGGGGCCAGCAGCUGUAAGCUGUAUUUGCGCGCCGGGCUACACGGGGGACCUUUGUGAGUCAGAAAUAGCCGCACCAGAAUGCGGUCUAGAAGAAUGCGCCGAUGCGUGUAAGAAAGAUAAGAUUUGUGAUUGCAACUCAAGAGAUACCGAUGUUUCAUCCGCUCGUUUUGAAACAAGAGUUAAAAUAGUCGACCAUGGAAUUAAUGACAUAUCAAAGGAAAUUACUAAACAGAUGAGCGGAUAUUUGCGAGCAUCAAAUAUAACAUUACAUGAUGAUGUGGAAAUUUUAAACAUAAGUUCACUCGAGUCUGGUGCCCGUACAGCGUGGGUGCGUGUAUGGGGCGCUCGUAGGGAACUGGGCGCAGUACGAAGCGCCCUUGCGAGGUUAGCGGCCGCGAGGGCACCCGCGGAUCCAAGGGCGGUACGACUUGUGCCAGAUACGUCGGUGUUGCAUACACAACCGGCUCUGACUUUACAUAAACUGAUUGUUAAUCAGCGUCCCGAAGUAUGGGAAGGUUCAGAAUUUAUUCUAAGUUGCAUGGCCUAUGGCUCUCCAAAUAUUGGAUUUACGUGGUACAAAGAUGGUGUAAAAGUUAACUUCAAUGGGACCAACAGGGAUAUUUGGACUCGCACCGUAGCAGAAGAUGCUUUAGGGCGCCAAUUAUCUGUAUUAGGAGUUUCAGAGGCGAAAAAAUUAGAUACAGGGAAAUGGUCUUGUGCAGCAGAUGACGCUGGUAGAAGAAGGUGUAGUGCUUUAAGGAUAACUGUAUUAAAGCCUCCUGAUAUUCGUCUCAUGCCAUCUACACUUACAGUUAACAAGGGUGAGAACGUAAGUAUCACUUGUUUAGCUGGAGCAGGGCGGGUCCAUGGGGCCCUUGGAUUUAGCUGGGCAAGAGAAAGAAGUCUUUUACCUCUCGUUCCUGGAAGAGAACUAUGGGAAGAUCUAUAUCCAGCUGGUAGCCUUCUCAGGCUUUAUAACAUUCAGAAAUCAGGAGAGUUCCGAUGUCAAGUAUCAUCGGUAGUGGGAACAAAUUCAAAGUCAAUAACUGUUUGGACGAUUGGGCCAACAGAUGAGGCUUGUGAUAGCGAAGCAUCGUAUGGGAUGCGUUGGCCAAGAACAGCACCUGGCGCUAUCGCUAUUGCAAGCUGCCCUCCAGGACAAACCGGGGAAUCUAGUAGGUUUUGUGAACCAAAAACUAUACAACGUAGUGUUAAAUGGAAUUUACCAAACUUCUCUGGAUGUAUAUCAGAGGCUUUGCAAGAAAUAUAUGAACAGUUUAUUUUAAUAUCAUAUGGAUAUUCUUGGAAGCUCGUGCAUAAUAUCGCAAGUCAAUAUGGGUCAGUAUUACGAUCGUUACCAGCACUGCCUGGAUCAGCAAGUCUUCCAUUACAGCAUACAAUGCAUAUGCUACAUUAUUUGCGCUCAUCAGCAGCAAAGCGUUCGGACAAAAUAGACAGUACAGAGCCGUUGCUGCAAAUAUGUGCUUCACUUCUUAAACACCCUGAUGCAUUUUUGGAUGAAGAGAAAAUCUACGAUCUCCAAAAUGCAAUAGUAGAUGCAGCUGCCAUGAAAGAUAAAUUUGAUAUGCAGUAUCAAGGUUUUACUGUUAAAGCGAAAGUAGCAAAGGAGGAUAAUGCUGCUCAUUUCAAUUUUCCUCGACAAAGUGGUUCAGAGGAUUGGUCAUUGAUAUCAGUGGGCGUUGAAUUAUUGGAAGGGAUGGGAAAUGUAACAGUAGUCGCAGUACUUUACGAGGAUCUUGGGAUUCGAUUGCCUUCCUUACGCAGGAUAGUUGAAUACAAAGGAGGUCGUGAAAUGGAAUUUCAAAUGUCUUCUGCGCAAACACAGCUUUCUACUAGUCUGGAUCACUUAGAUGCAUCACUGCAGCACACUGUUACACUUUUAUUCGUACACAAUAAGAAUUAUACUUCAAUUGCUUCAAAGCUAUCUUGUGCACUUCGAACCCGAGCUGAACCCGGUUCUUGGGUGCGCAACGCUUGCGAUAUGCGAGUCACAGAACCUACGCAUGUGUCUUGUCGUUGUCGAGGACUUGGCACUUUCGCAUUAUUCACCGUUGCCCGUUCAUCGCUUACAGAUACAGAAAAGGAUUUACGUGGAGUUGUCAAAUUGACGGUCAGUCUGGGAGGUGCGAUGUGCUUUGCAGCCGCGGUGUUGCAGCUAUUAGCGUUGGCGCCAGCUAAAAAGGCUCAUUUGCCUACAUUACUAAAGGCUGUAACGGCUGGCACGCAUUCCGCUGCGUUAUUCACUUUAUUGGAAUGUGAUAAUGGACAGGAGGAAGCGUGUCCCGGCGCAUUAGGGUGGGUGUGCGCGGCGUGCUGGUGCGCGGGCUGCGGCGCGCUGUGUGCGCAGCCGCUGCUGUUGCAGGCCGAGCUGGGUGCGCGGGCUCAGCGCGCUCCCUCGGUUGGACUUGUAGCUGGGGUGUGUACCCUAUCAUGGCUAACUGCUCGUCUAUGGGGCGGCGCGCCACUUCAACUCGGGUCGGGCGCGCAGGUCGUGUGCGCGGCGGGCUGCGCACUACUCACUAUACUGUGUAUAGCGCUAACGUUCUGCGCAGCUUUGCGCCUGCGCAUUAUUAUGCAUAAGGUGCCCGCUGAACGGCGCACGUAUUUGAAGGACAGAAGUCGCGUAGUGCGUCACACGCUGGUGCUGGCGGUGAGCACGAGCGCGGUGCAGGCGGCGGCGGUCGCGUACGCACAGCCCCCCGACCGCCGCCUCACGCACGUCGCUGUGCUCGGAGCCACUGCGCUCGCUAAUGGAAUAGCAAUGUUCCUUUGCUACGUGAUAUGCGACGAAGAGUGCGUGAGACUAGCCCGUCGCGCGGCGUCACUUCCCUCACAACAUUGUUCACAUCGACGGACACCAGAUACUGCUCUUAGCUUGUACAUAAAACAAAGCGGUGAGGUGGAAAGUUGCGCGGGCGCAGAGAGCGCCUCAUCACCUCUUGGUACAUUCCGCUCUCCACAUUUAUCUCACAACACUAGUAGUAUUUAUAGGCGACAAUCCAACCCAGACAACCGCGCGGACGUUGUACGCUUCGAAUACCGAACCCCCGACCCCCGGGGGUCACGUGUUUGCGAUCUCAUUCCCCACCAACAAGACUACAUUUUGACCCCAGUCUGUGUAGAACUCGACAAACGACACCCAGAAACCCCCGUCAUUACUUGCCCAAUUAACUUCGAACCCUACACUGACAAACGGUUCGACACCCCAAAAGAGUCUUGCAAUAUCUGCGUACAAUCCAACCCUGACGUUUCUGACAUAACAAUCCAACCGUUUAAAAGUUGUUUAAAGAAAUCCCGAGAUCUCACGUCCUCUGUGUCUCUCCCUUCCAUGGAAGUUGCUGAAACUAGCAAGUCCGAUAUCGAACAGGUCAAUAGGGAGUGGAACAAAGCUUACGACUGUGAAACGAACCGAGUGAUAAACAAAAUAACGAACGAUUUAGACUUUUUGUUAAACAGGACUCAGGUUAGAAGUCACGACGAACCGCCCACUUGAAUGAGGGUCUAGAAUAAUAUAGAUAAGAUUGUAAAUAUUAAUUAAAUUCUCGUUUUGAUUUUACAACGAUCGUAAUAAUUUAUCGAAAUGAAUUUAUGUCUACCUCUCAACUGUGUUCGUUUUGUUCAUUGUUAAUAAGUUAAUCUGUUUAAAUUUUAUUCAUCAAGUUCCAGUACAAAUAAGUUUAUGAAAGACUAGAAUUAUUUUCGGCAUUUAAAUGUAUAAGAAGUUUCUUUAGUUAUCAGUACUUUAUUUCUAAUUCAUCACAUUUAUGAUAUUACUAUGUAUUAUUAUGGUUUAUAUUACGUCAAAUUUCCUACAUUAUUUAUUAUAAUAUCUAUUAUUCUAUUUCUUGUUGUUUUACAUCCUUUGUUUAUAUUAAUAAGCAAGAUUUACUCUACUAUAUUGUUUGUAUGUAAUGUUAGAGCGGAGAACAUGUGUACAUAAAUAUCUAUUAUCAUAUUAUUUACUGUAAUAUUACGUGAAUGUAUGAUGUAUAUAUUAAAGCUAAAUAUUAAUAAACAAUGUUUCGUAUUAAUGGAUACAUUGUUAAUCUUAAAACUUUUAAGCUCUGUUUUUAAUAAACAUUUUGCAAAUUA